AUGGAGAUGAAUUCAAAUACAGUGGGAAUGAUUCUUCUUGCUAUUUUUCAAAUACCAUCUUUCUGCUGUGCCAUGCUUAUUUUCUUACAACUUCUGGACAAAACGAAUCCAUUACGACGUUUACAAAAUCAUUUACUUGUAUAUUUAUUAAUCUUUGCUACAUGUACUAUUAUUAUUGAAUUACCUAAUACACAAAAAUUUCUUUGGUCAGGUUUUGCCACCAUCCAAACAGAUUGGUUUUGUCAUUUUUGGAAUUUCCUUUUCUUUUCUAUGGCCUCACUUAAUCGUUUACUGACAGCAUUAUUGUCUAUUGAACGUCAUAUGCUUGUAUUUCAUCCUCAUCUCUAUCGUACUCAUCGUUCACGUUAUUUAUUUCAUUACACUCCUCUCAUAUCUAUUAUUGCAAUCAGUGUUAUCUAUAUGUUGAUUACAAAUCUCUUUAUUACAUGUUCAAAUCAUUCGUUCAAUUAUUCAGUUUUUAUGUGUGGUUUUCCAUGUUCAGUGAUUGUACAAUAUUUUGGUACACUUUACGUAUGGUUGUAUGUUUUUAUGCCUACAAUGAUGACGAUUAUUGCUUGUGUAUUAUUACCUAUUCGAUUUAUCAUUCAAAAACGACGUUUUCAACGUAUGCAAUGGUAUCGUGCACGAAAAAUGAUUAUUCAAACAAGUGUUAUUGCUAGUGCAUUUACAAUUUGUUGGUUACCAUAUACAAUUAUCCUUCAAUUACUUAUUAAUAAACGUCUAUCUAUACUUCAUCCAAUUAUAAAUUCACUUUUGACGUUUACACCAUAUGUAACUUCAUUAUUAACUCCAUUCAUUGUUCUUCAUACAGUAUGGGAAUGGAUGAAGCCUGCAAUAAUACAACAUAUUAAACAUUGGUUUUUUCCACAACGUCAAAGAAUUAUUCAACCAAUUAGUAAUUUAGUACCUACGCCAGCAAAUCAGUUUAUAAUUAACAAAGCAUAA